AUGAAUCACGACCUCCUCAACGCGCCACACUACGGACAGCAGAAUCUGUACGUGCCAAAUGGCAAUGGAAGGAUAAAAUCCGAGACCGGCUCCGAGCGUGGCGUCUCGCCACACACCUCCGCCGACUCCUCCAGAUACUCCUCGCAGACCCCUCAAAAUCAGCUGGGCUACAACCUCGCGAACACUUUGGCCAACGGGAUGAAUGGCAACAUGCGAUAUCCGUCGCCCUCGCAGCAGCAGCACGCUGGCGGCAUGAUGCCCAUGAUGCCGCACUCUUACCACCCGUCCGCCACCAAUGAUCGGUCAUACCAGCAGGCUCAAUUAGGGGCAGUGCAGCAGCCCAUACAGCCCGAUCAAGGGUCUGUUGACGGUGGAAGAGCCAGCACGGGCAGCACUGCCCUCCCUAAAGCAUUUGCCUGCUCGACAUGCGCGAAGGGAUUCGCUCGACGUAGUGAUCUUGCGCGUCACGAGCGGAUUCACAGUGGCGUGCGACCACACGUCUGUGAUCACCCCGGUUGUGGGAAACAAUUCAUCCAGCGAUCCGCCUUGACCGUGCACUCUCGCGUCCAUACGGGCGAGAAGCCGCACAUGUGUGAACGCUGCGGAAAGCCAUUCAGCGAUUCCAGUUCCCUCGCCCGCCACCGUCGCAUCCACUCGGGAAAGAGACCGUACAAAUGCCCAUAUGCGGACUGCCAAAAGACCUUCACCCGGCGCACCACCUUGACCAGACAUCAAAACCACCACACCGGUACCAUUGAAGAGUCUCAGGCAGCCACCGCCGCCGCCCUUGCGUCCCGUGCGACCAUGGCCAACCAACGAUCCAAGGGAUCGGAUGAUGAGAACGACUUCUCCGAUGGCAAGUCGCCCAUGCCCCAACAUCCCGACCGGCCCCCUUCCGUCGCAUCCGCGGCCGGCAUGAACGGCGUGCCAGGCCUGCCGCGCUCUACAUCCGACUUCUACCUCAACGCCAUGAACGGCGGCAUGAGCAUGCCACCCCACAUGCGCAACGAGCUGCAACCCUCUCCUCGCCCGCAAUCCCCCUCUCAAUACCCCAUGCCCUCCAACAACGGCCAGCACCGUCCCUCCCUGACCUCCAACCCCUCCUCGGGCUACAACCCACCCCAAAUCCUCGAACCCACCCCCAACAACGCGCAGCAGCCCAACGGCAGCGGCAACAACAGCCCGCACAUCUCCGCCACCAUGGGCUGGCAAUCCCCGCACACCGGCCUGAACGGCAACCAGGCCAACGACUACGGCUACGCCGACGCGACGAACAGCGGCUACAACGUCAACCCGCAAAUGUACUACCAGCAGGGCGGCGGCGUGCAGCGGCCACACAGCACCGGUCCGCUGGACUAUCACCAUGGCUCCAUGCGGGGCGCGGAGAUGUGGGCGCAGCCGCAGCAGUAA